AUGCCAACGCCAGAUCGCGGAAUGAAUGACGCAUUUAAUAGAGAAUUGGAACGUGAACGUGAAUAUGAUCUACAUGAAUUAAUCCUAUCAGUUCAAACGAAUGUACCACUGUUGAAUCCUAAGCAGAGGGAAGUCUAUGAUACACUGAUUAAUGCAAUUGAUGAUGGAAAUGGUGGCUUAUUUUUUUUGGAUGCCCCCGGUGGAACUGGGAAGACAUUCCUCAUGUCAUUGAUUUUGGCCACUGUACGUGCACGAUCCGAAAUUGCGGUAGCAACUGCUUCUUCUGGAAUAGCGGCCACAUUGUUAGACGGAUACCGUACGGCUCACUCAGCGUUAAAAUUGCCAUUAAACCUUCAAACUACUGAACAACUGACAUGUAACAUUUCGAAACACUCCGCAAUGGCCAAAGUUUUAGUAGCAUCAAAAAUCAUCAUAUGGGACGAAUGCACAAUGGCGCACAAACGCGCAUUGGAAGCAUUAGACCGAAUAUUAAAAGAUCUGCGCAAUGACUCGAGAUGUUUUGGUGGUGCAAUGAUUUUAUUAUCUGGCUAUUUCCGACCAACACUACCAGUCAUUCCAAGAUCUAUUGCUGCCGACGAAAUAAACGCUUGCCUCAAAGCAUCAAAUCUGUGGCGAUAUGUAAAGAAACUUCAACUGUCUGUAAAUAUGGAGUUGCAUUGUUGA